AUGCAAGUGCUUUGCUACGGCUCCGACCUUCCGAACAGCUCUGCGCGGAUUUACCUCCUCUACACUGGACAGCACUACGACCCGAUCGUGUCGGGAGCAGCUGCCGAUGUUUCAGUAGAGCAGGAGCAGAAGAAGCAGAAGAAAGGCGAUGCGAGCCUGGAUGUAAAAGCUCUUGAGCUGGCGCGGCAGCAUGUUGCAGAGGCCGCGAAAAAGGCCAAACAGCGACGCGCCAAAAAAAUCAAAUGUGGUGGCUGCGGGGCGCUUCUCGGCGACGCAGAGGCCUUUGCAACGCACUGCGGCGAGGUCGACCACGAUGAUGACUUCGCCUAUGACUGUGAAGAGGUGGAGGUGGUGAUCGAGGAGGGCGAUGAGCUGCCGGAGGGAACGGUGGACCUGAAUGCGGAUCACAUCUACAGCUUCAGCAACACCGGCAAGGACCCUUUGUGCCACGCCUUCCCUGCUGCGGUGACGAUCGCUGGCUUCAGCUUCCCCAGCAUGGAGCACUAUUGGCAGGCGGCCCCCUUCAUUGGCGGGGAAGAGGCUCUAGUGCGAAGCAUCGCCGCCGCGGCGACCGUCGACGAGGCUCUAAUCCUGGCUGGUGGCGCUGCGCCCAGCGCGCAGCGUAGUGACUUCCGCGAGAGGCGGUUGGAGCUGCUGGCGGAAGGGCUAAAGGCAAAGGCUCGUCCAUCUGCCUGCAACAUUACGGUAUAA